AGAAAGUUACGUCGUUAGUAUUAAAGUAUCUUUCAACCGUGACACAUCAGUGCGUUCAUCGAAAAUGAUUCAAAUAAAGGACGAACCAGUGGAUGAACUCGCUGACCAUGAAGUGAGGUAUAGAGACGGUACAAGCGAAAUCGAAGACGGUGCCAACUACUAUCAAUUUGAAACUAUACGAGAUCAAGUGCGAGCGAUUUGGGGCGAAGAAGACGACGAUGUCAAACCGAAAAUCGAACCUAUUGAGGUUGAUCCGAACCGUCAACCGGUGAUAAAUUUGGACAGUGCAUUUUUACGAAAGAAUUAUCGCGUCAAAUGGAUUGAACUGGUCAAGUCGACAUUCCGUCGUCCGAAUAAUAAAAACGCCUGUCAACUGUGUAAGAAACCCAUCGAAUUCGACAGUGCAACCAAAUUAAUCGAACAUUAUGCGGAACAACAUCAGAAAUUGAUGACAUCAUACGAUUGUACUUUGUGUGACUUUUCUGGCAAACAUACGCAAGAAAUACACGAUCAUUGGUCUGAGAAACACAAACGACAACAUAAAUACGAUACAAAAUACACGAUUGAGAAGAAAACGAACGAUCGCAACAAUAUAUGGAUUGGUGACGAUGAAUUGAUUUACUCAUUUUAUAAAAAAGAAAUUGUGGAAUGUGAUAUUUGUUCGAAAAAGAUGCAACGACGCCUUUUAAAGGGACACAAAGCGGAUCACACUGGUGAUAGAUUCAAAUGCAAAUAUUGUCAUAAAAUAUUUCGACAGCAGAGCAAUUUGAACACUCAUAUGAUGGCCGUUCAUAUGUAUGUUCCACGAACGGAAUGUAAAAUUUGUUGGAAAACCUUUACAAGUCGAGGCUAUUUGAGAAUUCAUAUGAAAAGUCAUUCAAAGAAUACUGCAAAAGAACAUCGAGAAGGAGAUUAUGAAUGUGACAUAUGUUCGGAAAAAGUAUUACAGAAAGAUAAAUUAGAGAGGCACAUGCAAUGGCACAUGAAAAACAAAGCAUUCCUGAAUACAGAGCAGAAGAAGAGAGCAUCGAAAAAACAAAUAGUGGAGUGCGACUAUUGUUUAAAAAAGUUAGAAAGAUGUAGGCUAUCGGAUCAUAAAAAAAGAUGCCGCAAUGAAAGGCGAUUUGAAUGUGAUAUCUGUGGAAAAAUAUUCAUAUGGAAAUGUGAUUUAAAAUAUCAUAUUCUCGCUACACACGUCAAGGUGAAACAAUUUAAAUGUGAAAUUUGUUCGAAAGCAUUUUCGUCGAAAGGGCAUUUAACACGGCAUGAGCUUAUUCAUCUAAAAGAUACUCUACCUAGAGAUGAUCCGAGGAUAAAACGACAUAAUUACGAACAUGAGUUGGUCGAAUGUGAGAUUUGUUCGAAACGAUUACAGAGAGUACACUUAAAGGGACAUAUAAAACUCCAUACCGACGAAAAACCAUUUCAAUGCGAUAUUUGUCAUAAAUCGUUCAAAACAAAACAAAAUGUCAGAAAGCACAAAGUGCGUCACACCGACGAACAGCCAUUCGAAUGCUCAUUUUGCUCACAAAAGUUCAAAACCCAACGAAAUCAGAGAAAUCACGAAUUGGUACAUCGUAACGAACAGCCACAUGCAUGCCCAUUUUGUAAUAAAAAAUUCUUGUUCAAUCAAGAUUUCCAUAUGCAUUUUCGAUCCGUACACUUCAAUUUGUUGCGACAACAAGACAGAUUGACUGGCGGCCUAAAUGAUUUGUUCCAAGGAUAUCGAACGUAUGAAUGCUACAAAUGUAAAUAUCCAGCGAUAUUGAGACAGGUAACGGCACACCUCAGAGGAUGUCGGGUUGGAUCGACAUUUUUGAAUUGCCCCAUGUGCAUCCGCAAAUUUAAGUCCAAAGCACGCAUGGAAGGGCAUUUGAAGAGGACACAUUUUACCUGAAUUUGAUGGAAGCGAGCGAAAUAAUAAUUGUUCAUGAUGGAUAUUAACAAUUUAAAUGCAUUUUUCUCUUAAAUUCCAUCAAUAAAUAAAAGCAUUCAGCACUUUAGUAAGGGAAUUGAUAGCACGUAAGCAAAUAUAGAUAUUGUGCUCAAAUUAUUCUUUAAGUAUAAAUUGAUUCAGCCAAAUGUUCAACUAUACUUAGUAAAGGUCAAACUUCAGCACCGAAAUGUCUAGGAUUUUAAGAAAAAUUUGACCAUUUUCUUCAUAUAUUUUAUUCCUUUUAAUUGCAUAGUAUACUUUGUUACCUUUCUAGAUUUUUUUUUUCGUAAAGUAAAAUCAUGACACAUUUUACUAAUACUUAGUAAUACUCUCUAAUAUUUCAAAAACGGUAAGGCCAAAAAACAUGAAGAACAAAAUCCCCGCCAAAUUAAAUUAAAAAAAAUCAAAAUUAUAAAUAAUAAUAGAACGCA